UCUAAUCCGAGGAAACGCGUUCCUCAAGUUCUUAUGGUUGAACAUCUAUCCGGCAAUGUAUGUGAUCCGCGGUCUAAUGAUGCAGAAAAGACCCCAGUUUUGGGAAUGGGUUAACUGGGCCUUUACCAUUACUACAGACGCGUUGAUAUGCCAUUUCUGUGGAUUGAGAGGAUUGAUUUAUUUAUUCAUAAGCCUUUGGUUUGGAUAUGGAAUACAUCCUGCUGCUGCUCAUUUCAUACAAGAACAUUAUACUUUUGACGACGGUCAAGAGACAUAUUCGUAUUACGGAAUAUUAAAUUUUUUCUUCUUGAAUGUUGGUUAUCACAACGAACAUCAUGACUUCACAAAGGUGCCAUGGUCGAAACUUCCGGAUGUGCGAAGGAUUGCGUCUGGAUAUUACGAUAAUCUUGCAUAUCACACUUCAUGGGUAAUGGUACAUUGGAAUUUUGUGACGAAAAAACAAUUUGGACCGCAAAGUCGUGUUGGAAGAAGUGUUGAAGAUCAUAAAAAAGGUAGAAAGAUGUUGAGAGCGUUAAGGAAGAGUUAG